AUGAGCUCUGAGAGCGUUAAAGAGGACUGUCUUGCAUGGGCGGCGAGAGACCCAUCUGGAGUUUUAUCGCCUUACCAGUUUAGUCGCAGCCUUGGCAAGCUUGGAGUGGCCCUUCUAUGUCGCAUUAAUGCCCAACGUCAACAAGAUUGGCUUAUUCCAAAUCACUUAGACUUCAUAACCGACACAGCAUCAGGCGAACACCCAUUUGAUCCAUACGUGUCUCUUUUGAAGACUGCUGGUGUUUUUGUUCUUGUUGGAUUCCCAAGUGAAUUGAAAAGCUCAUCAUCAGAAAUAACAAAUCACAAUUUGAUCGGCAAUAAAAAUGAAGAACAUACUUUGUUUUCUUUUGUUGCCAGCCACACCCUCAAAUAA